AUGUCUUCAGACAGCUUCUCCAACACACGCGUGUGGUUCAUCACGGGCAGCUCCCAGGGCCUGGGGCGAGCCCUUCUCGAGGAGGUCCUCGCCUCGGGGGAGCGCGCGGUCGCGACGCUGCGCACGCCCGCGGUCCUCGCCCCGCUCGCGCAGAAAUACCCCGCGGCGCAGCUGCUCGUCGUCCCGCUCGACGUCGCAGACGCGGCCCAGAUCGCCGCCGCGUUCGGCGCGGCGCGCGCGCACUUUGGGAGGCUCGACGUCGUCGUGAACAACGCCGGGUACGGGCUGCAGGGCGAGAUCGAGGCGGUCCCGGAGGAGGACGCGCGCAGGCAGAUGGAGGUGCUGUUCUGGGGCCCCGUGCACGUCACGAAGGAGGCGAUCGCGUUCUUCAGGGACGUCAACCCGCCUGGACACGGCGGCCGGGUGCUCAACGUCAGUUCUUGUGGGGGGUACGCGGCCAACCCGACGCUCGCCUACUACAGCGCGGGAAAGUUCGCGAUGGAGGGCUUCACAGAGGCGUUCACCAAGGAGAUGCUCCCCGAGUGGAACAUCAAGGGCGUGAUCGUCGAGCCCGGCGGGUUCCGCACCGCGUGGAACGCCGCGUCCAUGGUCCGGGUGCCCGCCCACCCGCAGUACGCCGCGCCCACGUCGCCGUCGAGCGUGCACCGGGAGCUGGCGGCGCAGCCGUACAUCGGGGACCCCGCCAAGGCGGCGCGGGCGAUGGUGCAGAUCGCGGGCCUGCGGGACCCCCCGCUGCGCGUGCAGCUGGGGACGGAGAGCCUGAUGCUCGUGCGGGGCCGCGCGCUGAGGACGAUCAGGGACGGCGAGCAGUACGAGGAGCUGGCGCAUUCGACAAACUGUGACGGCGUGGACCGCAACAAGGUGAUGGAGUGGUUUAAGGUGCUAUCAAGUGAUGACUGA